AAAUAAGUUUAACAGUCUAGGCCAGCUUCAUGGGACACAGUAACAAUUUUUUUUUCUCUAAAAAACUUUUGGUGUAGUAUUUGAGCUGUGAGUAUCAAAUGGCCGCAACAUAUUCCGGAGAUGAUCUGGCAAGAUCGAUGAGCAGACGAAGGAGUGUUUCAUCAUCGGGUAGAAGUUGGGCAUCAGCUAGUAUCAGAGAGGCUUUAUCUGCAUCACUUGCAGAAAACAGGAGGGAGGAUGAUGAAGAAGAACUCAAAUGGGCUGCGAUUGAAAAGCUUCCUACAUAUGAUAGAUUAAAGAAAGGGAUCUUCAAACAUGUUCUCGACGAUGGACAGAUCGUUCACGAAGAGAUGGAUGUUACACUUCUUGGACCACAGGAGAAAAAGCAGCUAAUUGAGAGCAUGUUUAAAGUUGUUGAAGAAGAUAACGAGAAGUUCCUUAAUAGAGUUCGAGCUAGAACCGAUAGAGUUGGGAUCGAUAUUCCAAAGAUUGAAGUCCGUUACAAGAAUUUGUCGAUUGAAGGAGAUGUUCAUGUUGGCUCCAGGGCUCUGCCUACUUUGCUAAAUGCUACCCUAAACACAAUAGAGGGUCUUCUUCGAUUCAUUCGGCUUGUUCCAUCCAAGAAAAGGGUUGUCAAGAUUUUGCAUGAUGCGAGUGGGAUUGUGAGGCCAUCACGGAUGACACUACUUCUUGGACCACCCGGUUCCGGGAAGACUACAUUGUUAAAAGCACUUGCUGGAGUACUAGAUUCGGAUCUAAGAGUCACGGGCGAAGUUACUUACUGUGGUCAUGACAUGUCAAAGUUCAUUCCUCAAAGAACAUGUGCAUACAUCAGCCAACAUGAUGUUCACCAUGGUGAGAUGACCGUUAGAGAGACCCUUGAUUUUGCAGGCCGAUGUCUAGGUGUAGGAACCAGAUAUGACCUCCUUGCAGAACUGUCACGACGUGAGAAACUCGAAGGGAUUAAACCGAACCCAGAAAUCGAUGCUUUUAUGAAAGCCACUGCGGUCGCUGGUCAAGAAUCUAGUUUGGUUACAGACUAUGUUCUUAAGGAACCUCCAACAGACAUAGUAACGAAAUACAAUGAUCAGUUGUAUUGA